GUUGGAUUCUGCCACCAGGCCAAAACAUGUUCGGAUUCUGUUGACAGGUCUCAACGUUUGUCUUCAUCAUAUUUCUUGUACAUUCUUGACAUUUACAAGGAUUUGUCCCAAUCCUGCCUUUAUUGUCCAUUCUUGUGUGAUUCGGUACAUUUCUAUUGGCAACAUUCCUUAAUCCACCCACUUCAUCAUGAGUUAUCGUGGCGGUGGUGAUCGAGGAGGAGGUCGUGGAUAUGGUCGUGGUGGUGACCGUGGUGGUGGUCGAGGAGGUCCUGGACGAGGGGAUUUCAGAGGUGGUGGAGGUGACCGAGGACGAGGACGAGGAAGAGGUGGUGGAGGUGGAGGUGGAGGAAUAUUUUCCCCCCCAAAUGCAAGUUCUAACAUCGAUGCCCGACUUGUUGAUAAUUCCCAGCAAGCCCUGAUUAAAUCAUUCAACUCACUCACCAUAAAACCGAAUGACCUUCCUCUCCGUCCCGACUUUGGAACAUUGGGCACCGCUACCAAACUGCGCGCAAAUUUCUACCCUGUGAAAAUCCCUAAAGGUCCGUUGUACGAAUACAACAUCACUAUUUCUCCUGCUGCAGGCACUGCUCAGCGGCGUGUCAAACGGCGCAUAUUUCAAUUGGCCGAGCAAUCUGCCGAUUGGUCCAGACAUGGACUUGCAGGUGCCGUUGCGCACGAUUACUCUUCGAAGUUGAUUGCUGCCAAAAAGCUUUCCGACCCUUUAACAAUUCGUGUUGCUUUCUAUGAGGAGGAUGAACAGGGUCCUCCUACUACAGGGGGCAAAGAGUACACCCUUGAUAUCAAGUUUACACAAGACAUCGACACUGCCUCACUUCUCCAAUAUCUCGCUGGAAAGCGUAACUACAUGGACUACGACAUCAUGCCGAUUGUCUCCGCUUUGAAUUUGAUUCUUUCUGCACACCCUAGUCGACCAAGUAACGGUGGUGUUAUGGUCGGUGGAAAUAAAUUCUUUUGGCCUGGUUCGUCUCCUAUGCCAUUAGGUGGGGGUGUUGAAGCCAUGAGGGGCUUCUAUUCUUCGGUACGACCUAGCUACAAUCAGCUCAUGGUCAACGUCAAUGUCUGUACAACAGCAUUCUACCAAGCAGACAAUCUCGCAAACGCAUUGCAGGUAUUCAUGGCGAACAGUUUUGAUGCUCGUCCUACUGCGUUUGUCAAAGGUGUUCGAGUCAAAACCCUUCAUCUGGGUUACAGGAAGACGGUCAAGUCAGUCACAAACUUGACACCGCGACAACAUAGAUUCACUACGGAAGAUAUGGGAGAGGUCGAUGUUGCAACAUACUUUCGCCGAAAAUAUAACAUUACUUUGAGGUAUCCCGAUCUUCCACUUGUCGAUGUUGGAGGGCAAAAAGCCAAUCUACUGCCUCCGGAAGUUUGCGAGAUCCUCCCCAAUCAGCCUUACAAACUCAAGCUAAACACAGACCAAACGGAUAAGAUGCUUUCUAUCGCCGCACGGCCCCCAAAUGUCAAUGCCAACGAUAUCAAUGGUGCUGGACUUGACCGACUUGGUUUUCGCUCCCGCGCUAGUCCUCUUGGCACCUUUGGUGUCAGCAUUGGUACUGAGAUGACAGUUGUCCCCGGCCGAAUUUUGGAGGCACCCAGUCUUCAAUACGGCGCCGGGGGCUCCAGUCCUCCCAUCAACGAGAAAGCAAGCUGGAAUCUUAGGGGUGUUAAGUUUGCUGUAGGUGCCAAGGUCACCAGGUGGGCUGUACUUGUCCUUUCAGACGGGAGUCGGUCAGACUUUCAAGGCCCCAAUGACCCCAACCUGAGAGCAACCGUCGACGGAUUAGUCAGAAUGUGUAAUACGAGUGGUAUGAGUGUCAGUCAGAGCAAACAAGACCCGAUGUUUAUCGGGUGCCAACUUCCACAAAAGUCAAAAGCCGACCCCGUCCGGGAAAAAGCGAUUGCAAAGAUCAACAACGAUUUAAUGUCCUUGCCCGGGAAGCCUACGUUUGUGUUGGUCAUGUUAUCCAGUAGCGACAAGCACAUUUACUCGGGUCUCAAACACCUAUGUGACGUCAAGUUGGGUAUACCCACUGUGUGCGUUCAGUCGUCGCAGGUCGCCAAACAAAAUCUCCAAUACUACGGCAAUGUUGCGCUCAAAAUUAAUAUGAAGAUGGGAGGAGUAAACCAUGGUUUGGAUACCAAAAGCAUGCGCUCGCUGAAUCAAACCCCGACCAUGCUCGUGGGUAUCGACGUAACGCACCCUGGACCAAGUAGUAUCAAGGGGACUCCCUCUAUUGCCGCCGUUGUAGCCAGCGUUGAUUCGAAAUUUGCUCAGUAUUCCACAAGUAUGGAGCUCCAGGAAUCCAAGAAAGAGAUGGUCACAAAUCUUGCGAGCAUGAUGGUAGAAAGGAUCAAAGUCUUUAGUGGCCAGAAUGGAGGAAAGUUACCAGCCAGGAUAUUGGUUUACCGCGACGGUGUUUCGGAGGGUCAAUUCAAGACUGUCGUUGAUGAGGAAAUGCCUGCAAUUCAGGCUGCAUGUAGCAAAUUCUCGAAAGCUAAUGCUCAGUACAAUCCCAAGCUCAGCAUCGUCAUCUGUGGGAAACGGCACCAUACACGAUUCUACCCUACGGACGAGCGGAAUGCUGAUAACAAUGGCAAUCCGAAGCCUGGAACUGUAGUCGACCAAGGAGUAACCGCGGUUUAUAAUUUUGAUUUCUUCUUGCAAGCUCAUGGAUCGCUUCAGGGAACAGCUCGUCCCACCCACUAUUACGUCGUCCACGAUGAGAUUGGCUUCAAAGCUGAUGAACUUCAAACUCUGACCAACGCUGUCAGCUACAUGUUUUCCCGUGCCACUAAAGCUGUCAGUUUGGUUUCCCCCGCAUACUUUGCUGAUCUCGCAUGUGAGAGGGGACGAUGCUACAUUCACAAAUUGCUGCAAGGGAUCACUCGGGUCAACACCAAUGCUACUAACGCUGAUGAGCAAGUUUUCCGCGAAGCCACCGAAUUAUGGCAAACAGGGGUCCAUAGGGUACUCAAGGACACCAUGUUCUAUCUUUAAGAACUGUUUUUUUCUUCUUUCUGCUAAUUUUGUACCUGUAUCUGUUAUGCUCAAUUUUUUGUUUGUAUGCUGCUGAUACGUUAUGGUGUGUGGUUUUGGGAUUGCCAACAGGGUAUACUUACAGUUUCUGUUUAACUAUGUAUGUUAUCUAAGGGUAUCAAAAUCUGACUGUAUUAUGUAUGUAUUUCCCCUUCGUUAGAUUAUGAAUUUGAAACUGUUCCAGUGGAUGACUACGCG